AUGGACGAGUGCUACAUGAGCCCUGAGCGCAAGCGGCCGCGGCUUGACUGCAGCCCGACUGCGGCCGACGACAGCGACUGCACGGUCAUGGCCUCGUCGUCGCCCGAGGAGGCCGAGUCGCCAUGUUUCUUUGGCGACGACGUCGAUGCCAUCUUCUCACUGCCCCCACACAUGAUGACGACAGGCCAACCGCGCAGCCUCUUUGCUGGUAUGAUAAGCACGGAUGACGAUGCAACACAGCUUGCGCCCAUGAACGCUAUCAUCGCACCACAUGGCAGCCAAGGCCAAGACAGCUACGAUCGUCAGCCGCCCUUGUCGGACGAUACGCUCGAUGGGCUCAUGCUUGCCCAAGCAUCCGACGAAGCGCUCUCUGGUGGGAACCCGAUCGUGUUGUCGCCCGCCUCGCAGAUGUGCGUAUUGUCCCACAUUGGUACGCUCGCCGCGCGGCCAUCGACGCCGCCAGCACAGGUUGAAGUCGCGGUGCUUCCGCCACGCCGAUCAGCGCAGGGAUACGGCAAGAAGAUCCUGGCGACCGCACUCGAAUGGGACACUUGCAGCGAGCAUGCGUUUCUCGAAGAAGCCAGCGACCGCGACGACUGGGCGCUGGACGACCUCUCGGACAGCGAUUUCGAGUAA